CCUAGCAGAGACAUUGUGAUGUGAAUAUCAGAGGUGAUGAGACCUGCUAUGCUUUAGACAGCUGUUUUCAUUCAUUAUCGCUCGCUGGAUGGACGGCGGUGACGCCUGCGCCUUGUGACUGUUUAUGAGAGGAAGCUCAAGGUUCCCGGUCCAACCAUGCCCGUCUCCCUGCUGUGGGCGGUGGACGUGUACGGGCGGGUCUACAGCCUGUCCACGGCGGGGCAGGUGUGGGAGCAGUGUCGCGAUGCCCAGAUGGAGUUUAAGCGGGUGACGGCGGCUCAGCAGUGCUGCUGGGGCAUCGCCUGUGACAACAACAUCUACCUGAAUCUCCACGCCUCUGACCUGCCGGUCCGCUACCAGGAGGAGACCUACGAGAAUCAACGAUGGAAUCCUGUUGAUGGUUUCUCAGAGCGAUUGUUGCCAAGCGAUCGCUGGCAGUGGAGUGAUGUCACAGGUCUGCAACACCAACCUCUGGACAACUUCCAGCUUCCCUCCACUAGCUGGGAGUGGGAGGGCGACUGGUACGCGGAUGAAAACUUAGAGGGAGAGCCCACAGAGAAAGGGGGAUGGACCUACGCCAUUGACUUUCCCGCCACUUACACCAAAGACAAGAAGUGGAACUCCUGCGUCCGACGCAAGCGAUGGCUCCGCUACAGGAGAUACAAAGCCAUGGACACCUGGGCUAAGAUCCCCUCACAGCAGACGACUCUUCCAGAUCCUUUCAGUGACAUCAGCUGUGGAGGUUGGGAGAUCAAUGAAGAGCCCAGGGGCCGUCUGUCACUGUGGGCUGUGUCCCUGCAGGGCAAGGUGUGGUUCAGAGAGGGAAUCUACCACCAAAACCCUGAGGGCUCCUUGUGGGAGGAGGUUCCUCUCCCCGGGGAGGUGGUCCAGAUCAGUUGUGGCCCGGGGGAUCUGAUCUGGGCGGUGCUGUGGGAGGGGCAGUUCAUUGUCAGGGAGGGCAUCAGCAGAGACUGCCCCAAAGGUACCUCCUGGGUGGUGGUGGACUCUCCCAGUCCUGAUGUGGGAGCCACACAUGUGGCCGUGGGAAUCAACGUUGUUUGGGCUUUGACUAAGGACAACAAAGUUUGGUUCAGACGCGGUGUGAACUCCCACAAUCCUUGUGGCUCCGGCUGGAUCAACAUGGUGGGAGAAAUGAUCAUGAUCAACGUAGGACUCAACGAUCAGGUGUUUGCUAUCAGCAGUGAGGAUCGGGGUGUUUACUUCCGACAAGGUGUGACCUCUAGCGAACUGAGUGGGAAAACCUGGAGGGCCAUCAGCGUCCCCCGAGACGGAGAACGAUCCCACUCCAGUGCCAGCGCAAGCAGCCUGCAGAGUGCUGGAUGUUACUUCUGUGGUGAGGUGCGUGCUCAGUCAGUAGCGAGUGAUGUGGAAUCAGACACAGAGAAAGGAUCUAUAGAUGGAGCCAGCCGCCUCGUCGCCUCCAUCUCCCCAGAGUCAUUUGUUGAUGCCCCGACAGACCUCUCUGACCAACCGAUGGACACCCCCAAACCCCGCAUCCCCAAAGUCACCAGCGACAGCUUCAUCUCUGAACUCGUCUCUGACCGAGAACCAGGAAAGACAUUAAGGGAGGGCGGUCUUUCAGGUCCAGCUGUUCUGGAGGAGGAACCCAUCCACGGAGAAGAAGAGGUUGUAGCUCCCUGUGCUGGUGUAGCAAUUUCCUCCAGCCAGUCCGGAGGGCCUCUUGACCCCCAGUGGAGUAACGUUGAUCUGGAGGAGGCGCAGGGCCAGCAGGCCCAGACUGGAGCCGUAGUGGACACAGCUGACACAUGCAGCUUGUCGUCAGUGGCCACAUACACUCUGGCCAUAGAGGACCAGUACGGGGCAGAUGAGCACUCUCUGUGGGCGUGGGUCAGUGGAGGCGGCUGCUCUGUGGACAGUCACUCCCAACUCAACUGGUUUAACUACUCUAUGAACGCUUCAUCUUUGGUCCAGUCAGUCCAGUCCAUGAGUCUGUCGGUCACCCCGGCCCAGACGGCAGCCUGGCGGAGACAAAUCUUUGAGCAACUCAGUGAGAGGACCAAAAGAGAGUUGGAUAAUUUCAGACAUUACGAACAAGCCAUAGAACAGUCUGUGUGGGUGAAGAAGGGAACCAUGCAGUGGUGGAGAGACUGGAAGCCACACAAGUGGAUAGAUGUUCAUUUUGCCCUGGAGCAGUUCUCAGGACCAGAGGGCAACAAGGACGGCAUCCUCUUCAUCUAUUACAACUUUAAUGAAGAGAAGAAGUACUUGCAUGCCUUUAUCAACGAGGUAACGAUCCUGGUUCCUGUGCUAAAUGACUCCAAACACUCUUUUGCCAUCUACACUCCUGAGCGGACCAAACAGAGGUGGCCGAUCAGAUUGGCAGCAGCCACAGAGUUAGAGAUGCAUGACUGGCUGGCGUUGUUGAGUGACUCCUGCUGCAACUCCAGGGGGAUCCAGGGUUCUCCCUCUAAACAGGCCAUCUGGUCCGUCACCUGUAAAGGAGACAUCUUUGUCAGUGAGCCAUCUCCUAGUCUGGAGGCCAUGCCUUACCCGACCCCCUGCGACCAGAUGUUCUGGCGGCAGGUUGGAGGUCACCUACGCAUGGUGGAGUGCAACAGUGUUGGCAUAGUGUGGGGGAUUGGCUACGACCACACUGCCUGGGUCCACACCGGGGGCUACGGAGGAGGCUUCUCUCAGGGACUGGCCAGCUGCACAGAUAACAUUUACACACAGGUGGAUGUCAAAAGUGUCUACAUCUAUGAGAACCAGAGGUGGAACCCUGUCACCGGCUACACCAACAGAGGGCUCCCUACAGACCGCUACAUGUGGAGCGAUGCAUCAGGACUACAUGAGUGCACAAAAACAAAUAUGAAACCCCCCUCCCCUCAGUGGACAUGGGUGUCUGACUGGGCUAUUGACUACAGCGUCUCAGGGGGGACAGACAGAGAAGGCUGGCAAUAUGCAGCUGAUUUUCCAGCUUCAUAUCAUGGCUAUAAAACGCUGAAGGACUUUGUGCGUCGCAGGCGAUGGGCCAGGAAGUGUAAACUGACCACCACAGGACCCUGGCAAGAAAUUCCGCCUAUAUCACUGAGUGAUGUGACCAUCCUGCCUUGUGCGGCUCAGAGUAGCGUGGACGUGGUUCCUCUGUGGGCCAUCAGCAACAAGGGAGACGUGCUCUGCAGACUGGGAGUCACCACACUGACACCUGCUGGAUCCUCGUGGCUCCACGUGGGAACGGACCAGCCUUUCAAGUCCAUCUCCAUCGGGGCUGCCAGCCAGAUUUGGGCCAUCGCAAAGGACGGUUCUGCCUUUUACAGGGGAUCUGUCUGUCCACAGAGCCCAGCAGGAGACUGUUGGUACCACAUCCCCUCCCCGGCCAAACAGAAGUUGAAGCAGGUGUCUGUCGGGAGGACAUCGGUGUUAGCUGUAGAUGAAAAUGGUAACCUGUGGUACCGCCAGGGUUUGACCCCAAGCUACCCUCAGGGCUCCAGCUGGGAACAUAUCUCUAAUAAUGUUCGCAAGGUCUCUGCAGGGCCUCUGGACCAGGUGUGGAUCAUAGCAGACAAGGUGCAGGGCAGCCAGAGUCUGAGCUGUGGAACGGUGUGCCAUCGACUCGGGGUCCAACCUGUGGAGCCUAAAGGACAGUCGUGGGACUACGGUAUUGGGGGUGGAUGGGACCACAUCACAGUGAGAGGAAACUCCAUGGAGCCGCCCCGCCUCCGUCUUCCCUCUCUAACAGCCCCAGCUCCUCAGAGCCCGAUCCCAGUCAGGAACACAGAGGUCAACGGCAACGCUGUGGGAUGUUAGACACACACACAUAGACACACACGUACUGUACAUAGCCACCCUAAACCAUAUUACCUUUGUAGUAAUAUGCAGUUUGUAGUCUAUAGUUCUUGUUUAAAAAGUACUUCUUCUUUUAACGCUGGAGUAGCAGAAAUGAUAAUCCAAUUUCAAACUCUAGAGGACAACCUUUAGUCUUCACUGCAAUCAGUGUAAAAGAAAGUUGUGACUUUUGGACUUUCAGAACUAUCUCUAAAUGCUGAAUCUUUCUCGUUUUCUCUGAAGACAAUCGAUAGUCAAUUUACCAGAAUGUUAAUUUAUACUUAGCUGGCAUACUUACGGGCAUUUCUGUCUAAUUUGUUUUUGGUCAUUGGCAUUGAACUUGAUGGUCUUAAUGCAUUUUCCUUAUUUAUUCAUCAGGUCGUCAUAUUUCCGUGGUUUUCUUUGUAUAUAGUGUUCUAAAUAAGGUUGCUUAGCUGCUGAACUGUCAGCUCAAGGGCUGGUAGUGUAUACAAAAUAAAAAUAAUGUUAAAAUUAG